AUGGGCCGAACGCCGGAUGUAUUCAACUUAUCGUUCGGAUACAGAGAAGAAGAAGAAGUCAUCACGACGACGACGACUGAUAAACAACCUACUAAACAACAACAACAACAACAACAACAACAUUCGAAAGAAGUAAAGAUACAAUCCCACGAAGUGAACGUGGAAUAUAAUUCAGACCGAGACCACGAGGAGAUUUUGGACAAAAUAGCCGACGGGCAGAUGAGCUUACCGUUUAAAGAACAAGGAGACGUGGUGAAAGCGCAAUUGUUGUGCUUGCAAGGCGGUUACGACGUCGUCAAAGUGAAAGUUCGAUUGACGAUUGAACCGUAUAAACCGACGCCAAAAGUCUUUCGCUUGACGAGACAGAACAACACGGGAACGACGACGCUGUGUGAAGGAUUGUAUUCUCUGUUGAAAGGGUGCGAUUUAGAUUCCAUCGAGGAGUUAGUUUUAGGCGAAGGUGUGGUUAGAAUAUUAGGCGACAUUCGAGAAAGGUUCAAGAACGUCGUUUCGAUCGAUCUCUCCAACGCGCAGUUGACAGAGUUGCCGGUGGAAAUCACCCAGUUCUUCCCUCGCUUGGAAGUGUUGAAGCUGAACGAAAAUAAACUGAUCGAUUUACCGAGUCUAGUAAACUUGAAAAGUCUGAGAGAGUUGCACUGCGACAACAACCAACUGACGAAAAUACGAACGGAUUUAAGAGAGAACAAAAUGCUCCGAGUGAUUUCUUUAAAAGGAAACAAACUGACGAAACCGGUGAUGGAUAUGAAAGCGUUGUCGAAAGUGCACACGUUUCAUUUAUACGGCAAUCCAGUUGAGUAUUUACCGGAAAUGCAUCACUGUAAAUCUUUGAGGUGUUUGUCCUUAGUAAACGUCGUUGUAAGCGCGAACGACGACUUAACCGACGUGGACGUGCAAAUCGGAGACACGACGUCGAGUUACAUUCCCCAGGCGAUUUCGGGGAAAGCUGCGCAGAAAGGCAAAGCGUUUUCGGCUUUUUUUACUCUCGUGUUCAGACACUCGAGUUGUCAACAUUUGCUUAUCGCCACCGCUUUGGCGAAGAUUGCGCAAGAAGAUCCCUCGAACUGUGUCGAAAUUGGCGCCACGGAAGGCGCUCUGCAGCAAAUGCUCACGAUGCUCUUGACUUCGGACGUGAACGUCAUUCGCGAAGCGACGCACAUCAUCGCCGCUACAAGUCAACUUCCCGAUAUCGCGCAAAAACUCAUCGAUUCAAAAGUAUCGCAAAGAAUACAAAGUUUGAUGGCGGUAAGUCGUGGUUUCUUCUCUUCAUUGCUCCUCAUCGUUUCCUCUCCUUUUCACCUUCACUUUUGA